AUGGCGGAGUUUUCCGGCGAAGGAGGGGUUUCAAGAACGCCGGAGCUGAGUUUCGGAGAUAAUGAUGGCAAUGUACGGGCGACAGCAACGAUUGACGCCAUGAUUGCGACGGGAAUGGCCACUGCGACGCCGUUGACGGUGUCGGGAUCGUUCAGGGACGGGAAGAGUGGUUCGUCGAGGAGGAGAGCUUCGGUGAGGCCAAGUUUGGACGCGGAUGAGUUCAUAAAUUUGCUUCACGGCUCGGAUCCGGUGAAGGUAGAGCUUAACCGGUUGGAGAAUGAAGUCAGAGAUAAGGAUCGAGAGUUGGGGGAAGCGCAAGCGGAGAUCAGGGCGUUGAAGUUGUCAGAGCGACUCCGAGAAAAGGCCGUUGAAGAGCUCACUGAAGAAUUGACGAAGGUGGAGGGGAAACUCAAGUUAACAGAAUCUCUUCUAGAAAGCAAAAAUCUUGAAAUUAAGAAAAUCAAUGAUGAGAAGAAGGCCUCCAUGGCAGCUCAGUUUGCAGCAGAAGCCACUCUUCGAAGGGUUCAUGCUGCUCAGAAAGAUGAUGAUAUGCCUCCAAUUGAAGCCAUCCUUGCACCCCUAGAGGCUGAGCUCAAGCUUGCUCGACAGGAGAUUGCAAAACUGCAGGAUGACAACAAAGCAUUAGAUCGCCUUACCAAAUCGAAAGAGGCUGCUUUACUUGAAGCUGAAAGGACUGUGCAGGUUGCCUUGGUGAAGGCUUCUAUGGUGGAUGAUCUCCAAAAUAAGAACCAAGAGUUGAUGAAGCAGAUAGAAAUUUGCCAGGAAGAAAAUAAAAUUCUGGACAAAAUGCACCGCCAAAAAGUUGCAGAGGUCGAAAAGCUCACCCAAACUGUGCACGAGCUUGAAGAGGCUGUUCUUGCUGGUGGUGCAGCUGCAAAUGCUGUGAGGGAUUAUCAACGGAAAGUUCAAGAGAUGAAUGAGGAAAGAAAAACGCUUGAUAGGGAGCUGGCUCGUGCAAAAGUAACAGCAAACAGGGUGGCGGUUGUAGUAGCUAAUGAGUGGAAAGAUGCAAAUGACAAAGUGAUGCCCGUAAAACAAUGGCUUGAAGAAAGAAGGUUCUUGCAGGGUGACAUGCAGCAAUUACGGGACAAACUCACUAUAGCUGAGCGAACAGCAAAAUCUGAAGCACAGUUGAAGGAAAAAUAUCAAUUACGGCUGAAAGUAAUAGAAGAGACUUUGAGAUCAUCAAACACUAGCAAUCGCAGCAUUUCUGAUGGAAGAUGUGCAAGUAACGGUCCUUCACGUCGCCAAUCCUUGGGUGGAGCUGAUAACAUCUCGAAAUUGACCUCCAAUGGCUUUUUACCUAAGAGAUCACCAUCCUUUCAGUCGAGAUCUACUCUGUCUUCUGGUUCUAGUACUGUGUUGAAGCAUGCAAAAGGAACAUCAAAGUCAUUCGAUGGUGGCUCACGAUCAUUAGAUAGGGGUAGAGCCCUCUUAAAUGGAGCAGGUCCAAAUUUUAAUCUCAACCAGUCCUGUGAGGGGACUAAGGAGAGCGAGGCAAAUAAUAAUUCCUGGGAAGGCAGCUCAGAUGAAAAACCUAGUAACUUCCCAGCUACAGAUACAGAGGAUACAGUGCCGGGAUUGUUGUAUGAUAUGCUACAAAAAGAGGUGAUUGCAUUGAGGAAAGCUGGUCAUGAAAAAGAUCAAAGCCUUAAAGACAAGGAUGAUGCCAUUGAGAUGUUGGCAAAGAAAGUUGAUACUUUAACCAAGGCAAUGGAGGUUGAAGCCAAGAAGAUGAGGAGGGAGGUAGCUGUCAUGGAGAAGGAAGUAGCUGCCAUGCGUGUGGAUAAAGAACAUGAAAAUAGGGCCAAGCGAUUAGGAAAUUCCAAGGGUCCUGUGAACAUUUCUCAGCUCCUCCCAGUAAG